UUUUCCAUAUCCAAGAAGAGAACAAAAAACAGAAUGCAGAUCAAAACACUCUGUUUCAUUCCUCUGUUUUUUGCUCUGUUUUGCUUUCACGCCAUAUCUUCGUCUGCUUACAGUUUCAACUUCGAUUACUUCGGUAAUGGAACUGAUCUAAUGACAUUCCAUGGCGACGCCGAGUAUGCUCCAGAGCCCGAUGGUAUGAGCAAGUCAGGAGCUCUUGGAUUGAGCCGUGAUAAUGUCCCUUUCUCUCAUGGUCGAGCCAUUUUCAUCAAUCCAAUCCCUUUCAAACCUAAUGCUUCUUCUUCCUCUGUCUAUUCUUUCAAAACUUCUUUCACUUUCGUCAUUAGUCCUCGCCGGAAAAACCCUAAUCCCGGUCAUGGCCUCGCCUUUAUUGUCGUCCCCAACGAUAAAAACGACUCCGCUUCCGGUUUAGGCUACCUCAGUCUUGUGAACCGGUUUAACAACGGUAAUCCCAAGAACCAUCUCUUUGCUGUCGAAUUCGAUGUCUUUAAAGACAAGUCUCUUGGUGACAUUAACGAUAACCAUGUUGGAAUCAACAUUAAUUCGGUUAAUUCAACGGUUUCUAAGAAAGCCGGUUAUUGGAUUCAAUCAAGAACCGGAGGAAAAAGCCGGUGGUUGUUCAAGGAAUUGAAGCUAAGUGAAAAUGGAUACAGGGCUUGGAUAGAGUACGAGAACGGGAAAGUGACAGUCACGAUAGGACGUUCGCAGGAAAAACCGAAGAGGCCAUUGAUCGAAGCGAGAGUCGAUCUUUCUAAGGUUUUUUUCGAGAAAAUGUAUGCCGGUUUUGCCGGUUCAAUGGGACGUGGCGUCGAGCGUCACGAGAUCUUGGACUGGAGUUUUGAGAACAGUGCCAAAAACUAAUAAACCAGUUUGGUUCGGCUUGGUUUAGGCCGAAGUUGUUACUGGUUGGUUUUACAGCAUCGUUUUCUGUCGUGAAUCUCGUGAUCCUGCUAGUGAUAUAGUUGAAGCUAAUAAAUGCUUAAGUUAUGG